AUGGCGCCAUCCCCGCCGUCCCUGCUGCCCGCGCUGGUGUUCCUGGCCGCCGCCGCCGCCCUGCCAGCUCUGGAGCCAGGAGCGGCCGCUUGGGAGCUGCGUGCGCCCGGAGGGGUCGGCGCCUUCGCCCUCUGGACCCGCUGGACCGACAGGUCGGAUGCGGCGCGCACGCCCCGGGAGCUGCUGGACGUGAGCCGCGAAGGGCUGCUGGUGGGACGGCGGCUCGGGCCUGGCGCCCGAACUCGGGGGGGCUGCGUGUGCCUCGGGGGACGGCCGCUGCAGGUCCGCCUGGCCGCUCGCGGUCCCCCGACAGCCCAGAGCCUGGUACGAAGGGCGCGCGCUCUCGGUCCCUGCCGUGGAGCCCGUCUGCGGCGCCUAUCGCCCCCCAGUUCGGAGGCACGCUCGCGGGCCGUCAUCUCGGUGCCUGGGUUCGGUGAGGCGCUCUGCUUUCCAGCCCCUGGAGACGGCGCAGCCUCGCUGCCCAAGGCGUUCUCGGCCCUCACCAUCGUCCCCACCUGCAGCUGCCCACUGCACCCCAAGUCCUGUUGCCCGCGCCGACCCAUCUGCCUUCCGCCCGGAGGCAAGGCCCAGCUGCGCCUGCUGUGCGCCCAGAAGCGCGCGACCGGCGCCGUCUGGGUGGAGCUGGCGCUAGAGGCCACUACAGGGACACCCCCCGCGUCGCCGUCGCCACCGGGUUGGAGUUUUCCCCAGGCCCGGGUGGGGGCGGCGCGGCGGGCGCGAAGAGGCGCGGGCGGCAGCACCACCCCGCAGUUCCCGCUGCCCAGCUACCAGGUGUCGGUGCCUGAGAACGAGCCGGCGGGCACCGCGGUCAUUGAACUGCACGCCCACGACCCCGACGAAGGCGAGGCUGGGCGCUUGAGCUACCAGAUGGAGGCGUUGUUUGACGAGCGCUCCAGCGGUUACUUCCUCGUGGACUCGGCCACGGGCGCCGUGAUCACGGCCCGCGAGCUGGACCGCGAGACUAAAGACACCCAUGUGCUCAAGGUGAGCGCCGUGGACCAUGGCACGCCACGGCGCUCAGCCGCCACCUACCUCACUGUGACCGUCAGCGACACUAACGACCACAGCCCCGUGUUCGAGCAGUCGGAGUACCGCGAGCGCGUGCGGGAGAACCUUGAGGUGGGCUACGAGGUGCUGACCAUCCGCGCCACCGACGGCGACGCGCCCUCCAAUGCCAACAUGCGCUACCGCCUGCUGGAGGGGGCAGGCGGCGUCUUUGAGAUUGACGCUCGCUCCGGCGUCGUGCGCACCCGGGCCGUGGUGGACAGGGAGGAGGCGGCUGAGUACCAGCUGCUCGUGGAGGCCAAUGACCAGGGCCGCAAUCCAGGCCCCCUCAGCGCCUCAGCCACCGUGCACAUCGUGGUGGAGGAUGAGAACGACAACUACCCGCAGUUCAGCGAGAAGCGCUACGUGGUCCGCGUGCCCGAGGAUGUGGCUGUCAACACCGCCAUCCUCCGCGUGCAGGCCACCGACCGGGACCAGGGCCAGAACGCAGCUAUUCACUACAGCAUCGUGAGUGGAAACCUGAAGGGGCAGUUCUACCUGCAUUCGCUGAGCGGGAGCCUGGACGUCAUCAACCCGCUGGACUUUGAGGCCAUCCGGGAGUACGCCCUGCGCAUCAAGGCCCAGGAUGGGGGCCGGCCUCCCCUUAUCAACUCCUCAGGGCUGGUCUCAGUGCAAGUGUUGGACGUGAACGACAACGCCCCCAUCUUUGUGAGCAGUCCCUUCCAGGCCGCAGUGCUGGAGAACGUCCCCCUCGGUUACUCAGUGCUGCAUAUCCAGGCGGUGGACGCGGAUGCAGGUGAGAACGCCCGGCUGCGCUACCGCCUGGUGGACACGGCCUCUGCUGCCUUGGGGGGCGGCAGUGCGGGUCUUGAGGACCCUGGCUCUUCCUCGGACUUCCCCUUCCAGAUCCACAACAGCUCUGGGUGGAUUACGGUGUGUGCGGAGCUGGACCGGGAGGAGGUGGAGCAGUACAGCUUUGGGGUGGAAGCAGUGGACCACGGCUCUCCGCCCAUGAGCUCCUCGGCCAGCGUGUCCAUCACGGUGCUGGAUGUAAAUGACAACGACCCCGUGUUCACGCAGCCCGUGUAUGAACUGCGUUUGAAUGAGGACGCUGCUGUAGGGAGCAGUGUGCUGACCCUGAGAGCCCGCGACCGGGAUGUCAACAGUGUGAUCACCUACCAGCUCACGGGUGGCAACACUCGGAACCGCUUUGCCCUCAGCAGCCAAAGUGGCGGGGGCCUCAUCACCCUGGCGCUUCCGCUGGACUACAAGCAGGAGCGGCAGUACGUGCUGGCCGUGACCGCAUCGGAUGGCACGCGUUCCCACACUGCACAGGUCUUUAUCAACGUCACGGAUGCCAACACCCACAGGCCUGUCUUCCAGAGCUCCCACUACACAGUCAGCGUCAGUGAGGACCGGCCCGCGGGCACCUCCAUUGCCACCAUCAGUGCCACCGAUGAGGACACGGGGGAGAACGCCCGUAUCACCUACGUGCUGGAGGACCCUGUGCCACAGUUCCGCAUUGACCCCGACACAGGCACCAUCUACACCAUGACGGAGCUGGACUACGAGGACCAGGCCGCCUACACUCUGGCCAUCACUGCCCAGGACAAUGGCAUCCCCCAAAAGUCAGACACCACCUCCCUGGAGAUCCUCAUCCUUGAUGCCAAUGACAAUGUGCCCAGGUUCCUGCGGGAUUUCUACCAGGGUUCCGUCUUUGAGGAUGCUCCCCCGUCUACCAGUGUCCUCCAGGUCUCCGCCACCGACCGGGACUCGGGCCCCAACGGCCGCCUUCUGUACACGUUUCAGGGCGGGGGUGAUGGUGACGGGGAUUUCUACAUUGAGUCCACGUCGGGUGUGAUCCGCACCCAGCGCCGCUUGGAUCGAGAGAAUGUGGCAGUGUACAACCUCCGGGCUCUGGCCACCGAUCGGGGCAGCCCCACUUCCCUGAGUACCUCGGUGGACAUCCAGGUGACCGUCUUGGACAUUAAUGACAACCCUCCCGUGUUUGAGAAGGACGAACUGGAGCUGUUUGUAGAGGAGAACAGCCCUGUGGGGUCGGUGGUGGCGAGGAUUCAAGCCAACGACCCUGACGAGGGUCCGAAUGCCCAGAUCAUGUAUCAGAUCGUGGAGGGCAACGUGCCCGAGGUCUUCCAACUGGACCUGCUGAGCGGGGACCUGCGGGCCCUGGUGGAACUGGACUUUGAGGUCCGCAGGGACUAUAUGCUGGUGGUGCAGGCCACGUCGGCGCCUCUGGUCAGCCGGGCCACAGUGCACAUCCGCCUCCUGGACCAGAACGACAACGCGCCCGAGCUGCCGGACUUCCAGAUCCUCUUCAACAACUACGUCACCAACAAGUCCAACAGCUUCCCCAGCGGCGUCAUCGGCCGCAUCCCGGCCCACGACCCUGACCUGUCCGACAGCCUCAACUACACCUUCGUGCAGGGCAACGAGCUGCACCUGCUGCUGCUGGACCCCUCCACGGGAGAGCUGCAGCUCAGUCGGGACUUGGACAACAACCGGCCACUGGAGGCGCUCAUGGAGGUGUCUGUCUCAGACGGCGUCCACACUGUCACAGCCCUCUGCACGCUGCGCGUCACCAUCAUCACAGACGACAUGCUGACCAACAGCAUCACUGUCCGCCUGGAGAACAUGUCUCAGGAGAAGUUCCUGUCCCCGCUGCUGUCCCUCUUCGUGGAAGGGGUGGCCACAGUGCUGUCCACCACCAAGGAUGACAUCUUCGUCUUCAACAUCCAAAACGACACAGAUGUCAGCUCCAACAUCCUGAACGUGACCUUCUCUGCGCUGCUGCCUGGGGGCGCUCGCGGUCGCUUCUUCCCGUCCGAGGACCUGCAGGAGCAGAUCUACCUGAACCGGACCCUGCUGACCACCAUCUCGGCGCAGCGCGUGCUGCCCUUCGACGACAACAUCUGCCUGCGCGAGCCGUGCGAGAACUACAUGAAGUGCGUGUCGGUGCUCCGCUUCGACAGCUCGGCGCCCUUCAUCAGCUCCACCACCGUGCUCUUCCGGCCCAUCCACCCCAUCACCGGCCUUCGCUGCCGCUGCCCGCCCGGGUUCACCGGCGACUACUGCGAGACCGAGAUCGACCUCUGCUACUCCAGCCCGUGCGGAGCCAACGGCCGGUGCCGGAGCCGCGAGGGCGGCUACUCGUGUGAGUGCCUGCAGGACUUCACAGGGGAGCACUGCCAGGUGAAUGUCCGCUCCGGCCGCUGCGCCAGCGGAGUGUGCAAGAACGGGGGCACGUGCGUGAACCUGCUCAUCGGCGGCUUCCACUGCGUGUGCCCGCCCGGCGAGUACGAGCGUCCCUACUGUGAGGUCAGUACCAGGAGCUUCCCGCCGCAGUCCUUCGUCACCUUCCGAGGCCUGAGGCAGCGCUUCCACUUCACCGUCUCCCUCGCGUUUGCCACCCAGGACAGGAACGCUCUGCUGCUUUACAACGGCCGCUUCAACGAGAAGCACGACUUCAUCGCCCUGGAGAUCGUGGAGGAGCAGGUGCAGCUCACCUUCUCGGCAGGCGAGACGUCGACAACCGUGACCCCGCAGGUUCCUGGAGGCGUGAGUGACGGUCGGUGGCACUCGGUGCUGGUGCAUUACUACAACAAGCCCAACAUCGGCCGCCUGGGCCUGCCCCACGGGCCGUCGGGAGAGAAGGUGGCCGUGGUGACCGUGGACGACUGUGAUGCGGCCGUGGCCGUGCACUUUGGAAGCUACGUUGGGAACUACAGCUGUGCUGCCCGGGGCACGCAGAGCGGCUCUAAGAAGUCCCUGGAUCUGACCGGCCCUCUGCUCCUGGGUGGAGUCCCCAACCUUCCAGAAGACUUCCCCGUGCAUAGCCGGCAAUUUGUGGGCUGCAUGAGGAACCUGUCUGUCGAUGGCAGGAACGUGGACAUGGCCUCAUUCAUUGCCAACAAUGGCACCCGGGCAGGCUGUGCCGCUCAGAGGGACUUCUGUGAAGGGGCCUCGUGCCAGAAUGGGGGCACCUGUGUGAACAGGUGGAACACGUACCUCUGCACGUGCCCGCUCCGCUUCGGAGGGAAGAACUGCGAGCAAGUCAUGCCACACCCCCAGCGCUUCAGUGGCGAGAGUGUCGUAUCCUGGAGUGACCUGGACAUCACCAUUUCUGUGCCUUGGUACCUGGGACUCAUGUUCCGGACACGCAAGGAGGGUGGCGUGCUGAUGGAGGCCACUGCUGGUGUGUCCUCCAAGCUUCUUCUCCAGAUCCUGAAUAGUUAUGUCCAAUUUGAGGUGUCCCAUGGUCCCUCUGACGUGGCAUCCAUGCAGCUGUCCAGGUCCCGUGUGACCGACGGGGAGUGGCAUCAUCUGUUAAUAGAACUGAAGAGCGCUAAAGAGGGCAAGGACAUCAAGUACCUGGCAGUCAUGACCUUGGACUACGGGAUGGAUCAGAGCACGGUGCAGAUCGGGAACCAGCUUCCGGGGUUGAAGAUGCGGAGCAUCGUGGUCGGGGGCGUGUCUGAAGACAAGGUCUCCGUGCGCAGCGGUUUCCGGGGCUGCCUGCAGGGAGUGAGGAUGGGGGAGACUUCGACCAACAUCGCCACCCUGAACAUGAAUGAUGCCCUCAAGGUCAGGGUGAAGGAUGGCUGUGAUGUGGAGGACCCAUGCGCUUCCAGCCCCUGCCCUCCGCACAGCCGCUGCCACAACUCCUGGGACAGCUAUUCCUGUGUCUGUGACAAAGGGUACUUUGGGAGAAAGUGCGUGGACGCGUGUCUCCUGAACCCCUGCAAGCAUGUGUCAGCCUGCGUGCGCUCCCCCAGCACCCCACGAGGCUACGCAUGCGAGUGCGGGCCUGGCCACUACGGGCAGUACUGCGAGAACAAAGUUGACCUUCCGUGCCCCAGAGGCUGGUGGGGGAACCCUGUGUGUGGCCCUUGCCACUGCGCCGUCAGCCAAGGCUUCGAUCCUGACUGCAACAAGACCAGUGGCCAGUGUCAGUGCAAGGAGAAUUACUACAAGCCCCCGGCCCGGGAUGCCUGCCUACCCUGCGACUGCUUUCCCCACGGCUCGCACAGCCGCGCCUGCGCCAUGGACACCGGGCAGUGCUCCUGCAAGCCUGGCGUGAUUGGCCGCCAGUGUAACCGCUGUGACAACCCCUUCGCCGAGGUCACCUCCCUGGGCUGUGAAGUGAUCUACAAUGGGUGUCCCAGAGCAUUUGAGGCUGGCAUCUGGUGGCCACAGACCAAGUUUGGGCAGCCAGCAGCUGUACCAUGUCCCAAGGGAUCUGUGGGAAAUGCAAUUCGGCACUGCAGCGGGGAGAAGGGCUGGCUGCCCCCAGAGCUCUUCAACUGUACCGCUGGAUCCUUCCUGGACCUCAAGGCCGUGAAUGAGAAGCUGAGCCGCAACGAGACGUGGAUGGACGGCGACAGGUCCCUGCGGCUGGUGAGGGCGCUGCAGAACGCCACGCGGCACAGCAAAGCGCUCUUCGGCAAUGACGUGCGCACGGCCUACCAGCUGUUGGCCCACAUCUUGCAGCACGAGAGCCACCAGCAGGGCUUCGAUCUGGCAGCCACUCGCGACGCGGACUUCCACGAGGCUGUUGUCCACACGGGCAGUGCCCUCCUGGCCCCGGCCACUCGGGCCGCGUGGGAGCAGAUCCAGCGGAGCGAGGGCGGGGCGGCGCAGCUGCUGAGACGCUUCGAGGCUUACUUCAGCAACGUGGCGCGCAACGUGAGGAGGACCUACCUGAGGCCCUUUGUCAUCGUCUCUGCCAACAUGAUUCUUGCAGUGGACAUCUUCAACAAGUUUAACUUCACGGGUGCCAGGGUACCACGGUUUGAAGACAUCCAGGAGAAGCUCCCAAGGGAACUGGAAUCCUCCGUGUCUUUCCCAGCUGACACCUUCAAGCCAGCUGAGAAAAAAGAGGGCCCCGUGGCGAGGCCGGCCGGCUGGAGGAGCACCCCGCAGACCGCGCGCCUGGAGCCCCAGGCCAAGAGGGAGGCUGCAGUGAGCCGGCGGAGGAGGCACCCCGACGAGCCCGGUCAGUUUGCUGUCGCCUUGGUCGUUGUUUACCGGACGCUGGGCCAGCUGCUGCCUGAGCACUACGACCCUGACCGCCGCAGCCUCCGGCUGCCUAACCGGCCUGUCAUCAACACCCCAGUGGUGAGCGCCGUGCUGUACAGUGAGGGAGCUCCCCUCCCGAGCCCCCUGGAGAGGCCCAUCCUGGUGGAGUUUGCCCUGUUGGAGACAGAGGAGCGAAGCAAGCCCGUCUGCGUGCUCUGGAACCACUCCCUCGACAUCGGUGGGACCGGAGGGUGGUCGGCCAAGGGCUGUGAGCUCCUGUCUAGGAACCGGACCCACGUCACGUGCCAGUGCAGCCACGCGGCCAGCUGUGCGGUGCUCAUGGACAUCUCCCGGCGUGAGCAUGGGGAGGUCCUGCCCCUGAAGAUCAUCACCUAUGCCGCCUUGUCCUUGUCCCUGGUGGCCCUGCUGCUGGCCUUCGUGCUGCUCUCCGUGGUCCGGACCCUGCACUCCAACCUUCACAGCAUCCACAAGAACCUUACCGGGGCGCUCUUCUUCUCCCAGCUCAUCUUCAUGGUCGGGAUCAACCAGACAGAGAACCCGUUCCUGUGCACAGUGGUGGCCAUCCUCCUGCACUAUGUCUCCAUGAGCACCUUCGCCUGGACCCUAGUGGAGAACCUGCACGUGUACCGCAUGCUGACCGAGGUGCGCAACAUCGACGCGGGCCCCAUGAGGUUUUACCACGUGGUGGGCUGGGGCAUCCCGGCCGUCGUCACAGGACUGGCAGUUGGCCUGGACCCACAGGGCUACGGAAACCCCGACUUCUGCUGGCUGUCCCUUCACGACACGCUGAUCUGGAGCUUUGCUGGCCCCGUCGGAAUGGUUGUAAUAAUCAACACGGCCAUUUUUGUCCUGUCUGCAAAGGUUUCCUGCCAAAGAAAGCACCAUUAUUAUGAAAGAAAAGGGGUUGUCUCCCUGUUGAGGACCGCCUUCCUCCUGCUGCUGCUCGUCAGCGCCACCUGGCUGCUGGGGCUGCUGGCCGUGAACAGCGACGCCCUCAGCUUUCACUACCUCUUCGCGGCCUUCAGCUGCUUGCAGGGCGUCUUCGUCCUCCUGUUCCACUGUGUGCUCCACAGAGAGGUGCGGAAGCGCCUGAGGGCCGUGCUGGCUGGGAAGCGGCUGCACCUGGACGACUCGGCCACCACGAGGGCCACUCUGCUGACGCGUUCCCUCAACUGCAACCACACGUACAGCGAAGGGCCGGACAUGCUGCGCACGGCCCUGGGGGAGUCUACGGCCUCGCUGGACAGCACCACCAGGGAUGAAGGAGUCCAGAAGCUCAGUGUGUCCUCUGGGCCAGCACGUGGUGGCCACGGGGAGCCAGAUUCGUCCUUCAUCCCUAGGAGCUCCAAGAAGCCCCAUGGCCCAGACUCCGAUUCGGACAGUGAGCUGUCCCUGGACGACCAGAGCAGCUCGUACGCGUCAUCACACUCGUCAGACAGUGAGGACGACGCUGCGGAGGCUGAGGACAAGUGGGACCCCUCUGGGGGCCCCGUUCAUAGCACCCCCAAAGCGGAUGCUCUAGCUAACCACAUCCCAGCUGGCUGGCCGGAGGAGAGCCUAGCUGGAAGUGACAGUGAGGAGCCGGACACUGAGCCCCACCUGAAAGUGGAGACCAGGGUCAGCGUGGAGCUGCACCGGCAGGAGCAAGUCAACCACUGUGGCAACCGGACCCCCGACCCAGAGAGUGGGGUCCUGGCCAAGUCUGCAGCCGUGUUUAGCAGCCAGCCCCCAGAGCAAAGAAAAGGCAUCUUGAAAAACAAAGUCACCUACCCACCCCCGCUGCCUGAGCAGCCUUUGAAGUGCCGGCUGCGGGAGAAGCUGGCUGACUGUGAGCAGAGCCCCGCGUCCUCACGCACAUCCUCCCUGGGCUCUGGUGAUGGGGUCCGAACCGCUGACUGCGUCAUCACCAUCAAGACCCCGCGGAGGGAGGCUGGCCGUGAGCAUCUCAAUGGCAUGGCCAUGAACGUGCGCACAGGGAGCGCCCAGGCCAACGGCUCCGACUCCGAGUAA